AGCCACGCCCACUUCCGGCGGUGGGCGCGCUCCUGCCGUCCACUCCACUUCCGUCAGUCCGUCCGUCCUGAGCGCGCGGCCGGCGCAGAACUGCUUCUCGCUCAGCCAGGCGGGAUAGCCAGGCCGAAUCGGAGCGGCUCCCAUCAUGGGCUGGGGAGCCGGCGGGAGCUGCACCCCGCGCCCACCCAUCCGCCCGCAGCCGGCGCCCGAAACCCGUGUGAUCACCGUGGUCUUCCUGGGCCUCCUGCUGGACCUCCUGGCCUUUACUCUGCUGCUGCCCCUGUUGCCCGGGCUGCUCGAGAGCCAUGCCCGUGCCCACGACUCCCUCUAUGACUCGUGGCAGCGAGGGGUGGACUGGUUUGCGGCGGCCAUUGGGAUGCCAGCAGAGAAGAGGUACAACAGCGUCCUGUUCGGAGGUCUGAUCGGCUCGGUUUUCUCCCUCCUGCAGUUCCUGUCGGCACCACUCACAGGGGCCGUCUCUGACCGCCUGGGGAGGCGCCCAGUGAUGCUGCUGUCCCUGGCAGGUCUGGCCUCUUCCUACGCCGUGUGGGCGGCCUCGAGGAGCUUUGCGGCCUUCCUGGCCUCCAGGGUGAUCGGCGGCAUCAGCAAGGGGAACGUCAGCCUCUCCACCGCCAUCGUCGCAGACCUGGGCUCGCCUCCCGCCCGCAGCAGGGGCAUGGCAGUCAUCGGGGUGGCCUUCUCUCUGGGCUUCACGCUGGGCCCCAUGCUUGGGGCCUCCCUGCCUGUGGAGAUGGCACCCUGGCUGGCCCUGCUCUUCGCCCUCUCCGAUCUGCUCUUCAUUUUCUGUUUCCUGCCGGAGACGCUGCCCCCAGAGAAGCGGGCUCCCUCUUUCACCCUGGGGUUCCGAGGUGCUGCUGACCUGCUUAGCCCCCUGGCCCUGCUCCGCUUCUCAGCCGUGGCACGGGGCCCAGACCCGCCCACCGGCGUCAGGCUUGGCAGCCUGCGCCGCCUGGGCCUGGUCUACUUCCUCUACCUCUUCCUCUUCUCCGGCCUGGAGUACACGCUGAGCUUCCUCGCCCACCAGCGCUUCCAGUUCAGCAGCCUGCAGCAGGGGAAGAUGUUUUUCUUCAUUGGCCUCACCAUGGCCACCAUCCAGGGCACCUACGCCCGGCGGAUCCGCCCUGGCCAGGAGAUGGCCGCUGUGAAGCGGGCCAUCUUGCUGCUUGUCCCCGCCUUCCUCCUCAUCGGCUGGGGGCACACGCUGCCCGUGCUGGGCCUGGGGCUGCUGCUCUACUCCUUUGCCGCUGCUGUCGUGGUGCCCUGCCUGUCCUCCGUGGUCGCGGGCUACGGCUCCCCGGGGCAGAAGGGCGUGGUCAUGGGCACGCUGCGGAGUCUGGGCGCUCUGGCCAGGGCUGCGGGGCCCAUGGUGGCAGCUGCAGGGUACUGGCUGGCCGGGGCCCGGGGCUGCUUCAGCGUGUGCGCGGUGCUCUUCCUGCUCCCCUUCGCCCUCCUGCGGGGCCUGAGGCCUCCAGCACAGACGCCCAAGGCCGAGUAGCCCCGCCGCUGCCGCCCCACGUGGGGGCCUGCGCCGGGACCACUCCCUGCUGCCCCCGGACUGGCCCUCCCAGGAGGCCCAGGACCCACCGUCCCAGGGCGCCUGCGACACUCCCGCGUGGACCCUCAGGACCAGACUCCGAAACCGCCCAGGCUUUCUGUUCGCUUGUCUUUUACCCUCAGCCACGCAGGGUGUGAGCCAGGCCUCUGAACGACAAAAUAAAGCAGCUGUUUCACCCCAAGUGCCUCCCCCAGGGCAGGCUCUGCCUCCACACUCAGCAGCCGGAGCUGAACAGGAGCCGAACACCCCUCGCAGCCCCACGGAGCAAAGCGCGCCAGGCCUGCUGCCCACGCGCACAGCGGUCGGGGUGGAAAGUCAGGGAAGGCCCGAGGGCUGGGGGUCAGCGCCUAGAGGGUGACACUGGGAGGAGGGCCCUCUGCUGGGCUGCCCCCAUCCAGGCGCUGCAGCCCCCAGCACCCGCUGCAGUCCCCUGUGGAAGAACCAGCAGGCACUGGGGCAGCGCCCUCCUGGGUCAGAGCGUCUCCUGCUGUCCUGAGUGACAAACGGCAUUUGAUCCAGAAAGAAACGCUUCAGGAUCUUGUCCUGCAGCGUCAGACAAACCUCUGGAAGCCCUGCUUUAAAAGAACCAAAGACAAGUCCAGGACUGCCUCACUCACACGUUUAGACACGGAAACUGCGUAAAGAAUUUUAUUGUGAGUAAAAUGUUACAGUGAGGAAAGGCCAUAGGGCCUGUCCUCCCAAGCCUGUGUCCAUACACGCAGCUACACUUCGUGUUGUAAUACAAAGUUAAACUACAAAA